AUGGGCCGGUGUUGUGGCAGUGCGACUGCGGUGGCCGUCUGGCUGCUGCUUUUUUUUGUCGUCACCGUGGCGGCCCCCGCUGCUGCGACGGGCGGCGGCGCAGGGCCGCGGGCGGCGCAGGCCCCGACGGACGCGUGUCAGUGGGGGCUCCGUGGCGCCGGGUUCCACAUGCAGUUCGCGGUGGAGUUCCCCCUACACUACGAGGAGGUUGAGAUCUCCUUCGAGCUCCCCAGGGCCUUCUUCUUUGACGCGGCGGAGGCGGAGCAGCUCUACACAAUCACCGCACCGGGCGGCGUGGAAGUCGCGGGGAACUACACUUCCCUUGACAUCAGGUCGAAAUUCUUCUUUGACAUCGAGGCUCCCGCCUUCCGGGUGGCGUACGAGGCGAACAGCGUGCGCCUCGGCUUCGCGCGGCUGCCGCCAGCGACGAAAGGGGCGGCGGCGGCGGGGCCGAGUCCUGCUGGGAAGGGGUUACUGCUGCUGCCUAUUCAUGCCCGCUAUGAAGCGGUGGACGCGGUGACGCCAUUUUCCUUUAGAGCGUUCUUCAAUAGAGAGUCUUUUGUGCGGCGCUGCAUUCCGGAGGUGGACGUGCGGGACAACAAAACUGCCGCGCGGUGCCACACGCUGCCCGCGUUGACGGGGGAGGAGAACCGCGGCCGCAGUGGCAGUGCAGCUGCCUGGCCGAAGCGCCCGAGCAACUGCCAAGACAUUCCUGUUCCUCUUCUUUCCUCGCUGCCUGUGGUGUACGUCGCGUUGCUGGCGCUGCAGUGCACCGGCGCCGCUGUCGUGGUGUUGUCCCUACUGCGGGUUUAG